CGACCCGCAGCGACAAGAAGGGAACUUAACGUCACCUUCAUAUCUGACUGUAUCUUCUGAGGAUACUUUGUUGCGAGGAACGGAUCCGAGAUUUCUUUCUAAUCCCUCUUCGGAAAUGAAGGACAUAUUCACCCCAGAUUGAAACUUUAUAACUUUUUCUUAUUGAUUUUUGAAAACAAUCAGUUAAGAGUUAAAACUGUUACAGUUUCUUUGCUUGCUUUUGCGACUAACAGCGCGAUUUUGACACUCAUACCAUGGCCGACAGCAAGCACCCGCAUGUUAUUUUCUGCAACGACUCUCCCAAGAGAGUUUUGGUGUCCGUCAUUAAGACCACCCCGAUCAAACCCAGGAAAGCGGAGGCCCUGACACCGACAAGCCCUGGUUUCAGCGACUUCAUGGUCUACCCGUGGAAAUGGGGUGAGAACGCCCACAACGUGACUCUGAGCCCGGGCUCAGUGAGCGGGGCUUCGUCCCCUACCGGGACUCAGACGGCCAGAGAAGCGGACACGGCUCCCUCACCUGACCAGAUCAAGGAUGGUAUCCGCAGAGGUCGUCCACGGGCUGACACUGUGCGGGAGCUGAUAAGCGAGGGGGAGACCUCAUCCAGCCGUAUCCGCUGUAACAUCUGCAACCGAGUGUUUCCCAGAGAGAAGUCUCUCCAGGCUCAUAAGAGGACACACACAGGAGAGAGGCCCUAUCUCUGCGACUACCCAAACUGCGGGAAGGCGUUUGUCCAGAGUGGCCAGCUGAAGACACACCAGCGGCUGCACACCGGGGAAAAACCCUUUGUCUGCUCAGAGAAAGGAUGUGGUAAUCGGUUUACCCAUGCCAACCGUCAUUGCCCCAAGCAUCCUUUCUCACGUCUGAAGAGGGAGGAACCAAAGGAGGGCCUGGGGAAGGCCCAGUCUGUGGAUAACAAGGCUGUGGCAGAGUGGCUGGCAAAGUAUUGGCGAACCCGCGAGCAGCGCGCCCCUACGACCACCAAGGCGAAGCCACAGGGCAAGGCAAGAGCGGAGGACCAGGAGCAGCAGGAUCCCAUGGAGUUUCUCCAGUCCGAUGAAGAAAACGGGGAAGAGGAAGAGACCGCAGAGGACGAAAAGGGUAGCCAGGGAGGAGCCGCCAAGCGCCGCCUCCAGGAGCAACGAGAGCGUCUCCACGGUGCUCUGGCGCUCAUUGAGCUGGCCAACAACCUGUCUGCCUGAACACCCACCCACUUCCUGAUCCUGGACUCCCAUUUCCUUCCCCUCGUAUCUCCAUACCCAAUCCGCCUUCCUGCAAUAUGUGCUGUAGCUAAACAUCGUUCAUAAACGCAGAUCAAAGACUAGUUUAGUUUGUUCUUUCAAGUUGUGAAACCAGACUUUGAGAAAGAGUUGGCCUGAGAUCAGUGUUAUGCACAGCAUCAUCUAAUCCCCCUCACAGCACCAGGAAGGCACAAGCUAAAGCACCUUAUUCAGCUUACAUUUUAUUCUUUUAGGCUGCUAUAAUUGUAGUUUUGACUAUAUGAAGAAUGUCUUUCUUUCUUCUGUCUUCUACCGGCAAAGAAAGAGUACUUGUUAUGUUUUUAAUUUGUUUUGUUUGCACUUUGAUGGUAACGAGUUUUUUUUAAAUAUAUUGUGAGUGUAAGAGAGUGUGUAUGACUGAUGUAUAUAUGGAUUAAGCUCAGAUGGACAGAACGAUACAGGGUGUGGUCAAAGAUAGGAAAUGUUAAGUUGCAUUCUGACUGUCAGAUGACCUCUCAUCAUGCUCCCACGUUUCAUCUCCAGCCUUGCAAGCACAAUUUCGCCACCUCUGAUGACAGUAGUGGUGGUAGAAAUGGACGGAGAAAGGUUCAGAUAAUUUUAGCCUCACCAGUAUAAGUCUCUCUUAAAAAAACAGUGGUGAGCAAAGGUGGACAAAGCGAGACCAAAAAGAAAAAGUCAGGGGAGCUAGAUCAGUCCUGACAUGUGACAUGGUAAUUCUUACAUGUGAAUGAGAGGUGAUCAUUGCAAGCCUAAUCCAGAGGUCUGGCCAGGCACAAGCUUUUACAAAAAUCCAAACUUUUACAGCCUUACCACGUCUUGGUAUUUACACAUAACUAUAUCCUGACAUUACCAGACAAGUGUGGGGAAAAAUCCACCCUGAGCCGACUACCUACUGUCUUCUGGGCUGAAUUGAUACUACAGUGGUUAAAGGUCCAGAUUACCUUUUAGGACACGCCAUAUUUCCAAUUUAACAGCAGUUUCCUCCUAGAUACAAAGAAUGUGUGUAAAAUCUGCACAGGCCAAAAGUUGUUUUCCAACCAGACGGGAGAUGUUUUACAAUGGAUGUCAGUCGCCUUUUAUAUUAAAACGUGACUGACCAGUUAUGAUACAGGCAUAGCAUCAUAGCAGCGUGUGGUGCAUCUAUGUCAUCUCAUUUCAAAGUUUAAAUUAUGAGAUAUUUAUUUCACAGUGUAUUUUUUUUUCCUGGCUAACAUUUUGUUCAUAUGUCUGAGAGCGUUAUAAUCAUUUGAUGCGUAAAGGGAAAUUCUGACUUCACCAAAUAUUUUCUAAGUUUACCACAUAAAUUUAGACAUCCCAUUGACUUUGAUGAAGCACUUACACCUACUAUUAAGUCUUGGAUUAAGCUUGCAAUGCACUGAAGAUUAGAUCUGUUGUAUGUGUCCAAGAAAAUGGCGCCUGGUUUUCAUAAACUGAUUUGUGUAGUGCUGGGUAUUUUCCUUUCGGUUCUUUUUUUUGUGUUUCUUUUUUUUUUUUUUAACGCAACACUACAUCCUUCAACACUGUAUGACGCCUCUCAUAACUGCCCUGCUUUUAGUUGUUUUGGAGAAAACUGCACCAGCAACCUGUCACUCUCUCACUCUAGCUGUGAUGUUUGAAUCUGUUCGAUUUACAAAUGACCCUUGCGGAGUUACGGUGAAACUGGAAGGCAAAUUGUUAAUUGUUGAUAAUCAAAACACCAAAUGAUUUAUUGUACCCAGUUAUAGUAUAUUUUGAAGCAUUUCUAACCCUUAGUCUAUUUUGUGGUUUGAGAAGAUUAUGGCAUUUAAUAUAUACACAUUGUGUUUGUUAGAAUAUUGAGUAUGCACAAUUUACGGAGAGCUUUUAAGUUGAAAUUUAGUUUCAGUUUUCCCCUUUGCUAACAUCCUCCAACAGUUUUCAUGUUUGUGACAUGUAUAGAGUGAUCCUGCUUGCUUAGUAGAUAUUUUAUUACACAUUUUAAAGGUAAGAUUUCUCUGACAAAACUGUCCACACUGUUAUAUCAUUUUUGGUCUUCAAUAAACAUUCACUGAACCUGA